AUGUCACAUCAACAAGGAUUAACAGCCAACGGCUAUGUUACCUCGUUGUUUAAUGCCCACUCGUCUUACACAGUCAACACUCUCCGCACGUCACCACUUCACAUUCAAAUUUUGAUUCGCACUCCGCAUUCCGUCCUGUCGCCCUCACAUCGGGCCCAUACGAAAAGCUUCGCGCCGAGGGUGGGCCUGUUCGAGGUCGACACAGAAGAGGAAGUGAUUGCACUGGCCAACUACACCGAGUACGUGCACGACAAGACGAUCCUGCCACAAGGCGGCAUGAAAUCGAGCGGCGUCGGGCGGUUCGACACAAACUUGUCCAAGUGGGUGCAAACCAAGUCCAUUACCUACCGGGUGUAG